AUGUCGUCUCCCAACGAAUCUCGAAGACCGAUGACAUCAAACCAUCCCAACGAACAACACAGCCUAUCAACGCAUGAGAGUGAAAUAAAAGCUCAAACCUCACAGACUACCGACGAUACUAUCCACUUUAAGCCGUCAAUAUAUGUUUCAGUACUCGUAUUUCUCUAUACUGGAUGCAUGGUUGCGUCGUGGUCAAUCAUAUGCAGCUCGAGUCGACAUCCUGUUGUACAACCCCCCGAAGCUUCCCACGACAACACGCAGCUUGAGCCAGAUAAGCUACCGAUAGACGCCCAAAACCUUAUCAAGAGCAUUAACCGCUGGAACCGCACAGCUCGCGUCCUUCGGACCAUUAGCAGCGUGUUCACACUGCCUUUGGCAUCAGCCGUUUGCUCUUCGCGGCUGUUGGCCACACACAGGCCCAAAGAUAUCGUACCGGACGUCUCACUCUAA